AUGUCUUGCUACAGCGAGUCCUGCGGUCCCUGUGGGGUGACCUGCCCUCAGCCGAUUGCCGAGAGCUACAAUGAGCCAUGUGUGCAGCAAUGCCCGGACUCCAGAGCAGUGAUCUUCCCCCCGCCGGCUGUGGUGACAGUCCCAGGCCCCAUACUCAGCUCUUUUCCUCAGGAGAGCAUUGUGGGAUCGUCAGGCCCAGCCUGGCUGGGGGGUUCCUCCAGUUCCCAAAGCUCCCGGGGCUAUGGGAGCUCCUUUGGUUUGGGGGAGAAUAGGGGCUCCUUUGGUUUGAGAGGCAAUGGGGGUUAUGGGAGCUCCCUGGGUUUGAGGGGCUAUGGGAGCUCCUUGGGCUCGGGGGGUUCCUCUGGUUAUGGGGGUUCGCAGGGCUAUGGGAGCACCCUGGGCUUGGGGGGUUCCUCUGGUUAUGGGGGUUCCUGGGGCAAUGGGAGCUCCUGUGGUUUGGGGGGUUAUGGGAGCUCCUUGGGCUUGGGGGGUUCCUCUGGCUAUGGAGGCUACAGGGGCUCACUUGGGUAUGGCCAUUCCCUAGGUUCUGGAGGUGACGUGGGCUCCAGGGGCUCCCUGGGCUACGGGGGCCAGUAUGGGUCCAGCGGGAGGUCCUACAGCUCUGGCUUCUCCUCCUGUGGCAUGGGGUGUUACCUGCCUGGUGCGCAGAGGUGGGUCAGGUCCCGCCGUGGGAGCUGUGGGGCUUUCUAAAGCUGCCAGGAGGUGCCCAGAACCACCAACAGCCCUGAAGCAAGGACCACAGCAUGAGGGCAUGGA